UGACUGACAGGCCUCAGCAGCCUGGGAACCUGAAGAACACUUUAUCACACUUCUGCCAGCUGGCACGUCAAUAAAGAAAAGAUGAGUCAGGAGAACAUAUUCAAUAAACUUAUUGCAUAUUAUAAACAAAAUAAAAGACGGAGUGAAAGUCAGAGUUCAGGAGACUCACCUUAAUGACGGGAACAGUUCCUUUCUGCAGAAACUUACUGGAUUCAAACUAAAUGUUCCAGUCAAAAAAAAAAAAAUAAAAAAUUACAGGAACGAGCAGGAAAGUUCCUCGGUAUUAAAAGUUAUUGUGAAUCCUGCACCAGCUGUGCUUCCAAAUUAGCUUUAAUUAAGGCCUUCAUUUGGAAACUUACACUGCGAUGUCCUCUUUCGUAGGUUUUCCGCUCCAAAUGUUUGCAGAAGAUAAAAAAGUGUGUGGACCAUCGGUUAGAAACAGAGCUGAGCCUCGGGUCUCCUUCACAACGCCACUGAAUUGAGUUAGAUGUGUUUUCACGGGACAUUCAGGACGAAGACGGAACAGCUUUUCACAGCAGGCGACGGAGACGAUGAACUCCGGUUAGAGAUUAGUGGCGGUCUAAUAACUCCCCGCUGCAUCAACCUUUGUGUCUUUUCAUGUCCCGUCGUCUUCUGGAGUAAAAUUAAAUGCAAUUAGGAUCAAACCCGGCCUUCACUGCCGCUGAUCUGCUGAUAAUCUAAUGACAUGUGGAGGUUUAAUCUCUGUGCAGAUCAGAUAAAGUCGUUUUAUAGAAUAAAACCGUGGCUCUGUGAAGACCUGUCUCUGUUAUGUCAUAACUUCAACCUCCGAGUUUUAAUUGGAUGUAUUUAACUGGUGGAUUUGCCGAAUAGGUCAAAGGUCAGACACUCGUGGUAAAAGUUGUGGCGAUGGGACAAUGUUUAACUGACUGAACAGGUGAGGCUCCUAUCUUGUCCUGGGUGUCUCUGCUGGAGCUGUGCCAGGCUGGAACCAGGCCCAGGAGCAGGAGAGAACAGGUCCGACAACCCCGGGGAGCCGCUGAUGGUUUUUUUGAGGAGGCGGGGCCUCGUUAAUCAUUCCUGGCGUCGCUCUUGUUCAACAAACUCGGCCCCGGAGCUCCGCGGGUCACGUGAUUCGUGCAGCGCGACGGUGGGCGUGGUCUACCUGUCAGGGUCACACCUGGCGGGCGGUGACGCCGGCGGCAUGCCACUUUCUCUCUCUCUUUAAUAGCUGAGCUCUGAACUCCGUAACGGGAGAAUAUCAACAGUAAUGGCCGAGUGUUAACGUGUCAUGGCCGGACACAGGAGCUCCGAGACUGACCGAGGAAGAGAACAUGACUCAGACGUGGAGCUGAAGGACUGAAGACGCACUCUUGGGGACACUUUUGAGACUUGACGUGGUCCUCCGGUGAGUCCUCCGGUGAGUCCUCCGGUGAGUCCUCCGGUCAUGGCUCUGUCUCAGCUCUGGUGCCUGGAUGACAAUCACGUGAACCCGCGGACGCACGAGUCCAAAGCGGAAUUUUUCUACUGCGAGGAGCAGCGGCUCGCGCUCGAGACGCUCCUGAGGGAUGGUCGCGAGGCGUUCAUUAAACACCUGGAGGCUCGCGCCCUGCGCGGCUUCCUUUCGGACCCGGAGCUCGAGGCUCUGUCCGGGUCGGUGGAGCCGUACGACCCGGGCUCGGACCUGUUCCCGGAGAAUGAGGGGGCAGGGGAAGGAGAGGCGGCCCCGCUGUCCCUGCACUACUGGCCCGACCUGUCGGACACCUCCAUCCCGCAGAUGGACCUGGGCUGGCCCGACAGCGAGAAGUACCGGGGGGUGACGCGCACCACCGUGUACACGCAGCCCCCCCUGGAGGGUCAGGUCCACAUCAAGGAGGUGGUCAGGAAAAUGAUUGCACAGGCGCAGAAGGUGAUCGCCGUGGUGAUGGACAUCUUCACCGACGUCGACAUCUUCAGGGACUUGAUCGACGCCGGCUUCAAAAGGAGGGUUUCCGUUUACAUCCUGCUGGAACGCACAACGCUACCUCACUUCUUGUCCAUGUGCCAGAGGGCCAACAUGCACGCUGGACACCUCAAGCAUCUUCGCGUUCGCUGCACAGAAGGAACCGUGUUCCACACUCGGUCGUGCACUAAAGUGAAAGGGCGAAUGGGUCACAGGUUCAUGUUCAUCGAUGGAGACAAAGCUGUGUCUGGCUCAUACAGUUUCACUUGGACGUCCUCUCGGCUCGAUAGAAACCUCAUCACCGUGAUCACAGGCCAGGCGGCGGACGGCUUCGACCGACUGUUUCGCGUCCUCUACGCUUCCUCCAGCUCCGUUGACCUGCGGCAGGUCUCCAUGGACCCUGAGCCUCAGCUGGAACCGCCCCCUCAGCCGGUUGUCGUGCCGCCCCCUUCUGCUGCGGUCGCUCGGAAACUCUACAACCCAAAAUACUCCCUGGUUACCGUGAGCAACCCCAGCCCCGCCGCCCCGGCCGAGCGCGACAGCCCUAAAGAGCCCGAGGUUUCAGACAACUCCAAAAAGAAGAAGCGAGGAAAGGCAAGUCAAGAGCCGGCACAGGACGAACCCCCGCUCCACCCUGGACUAGUGGGUCUAGAAAAAGCAAGUUUAAUCGCUUACCUGCCCACAUGGCCAGAACCCGACCCUCCCAGUGAUGUAAUAGGGUUCAUUAACAUUCGGGAUGCCAACAGGCCGACUCAGGUCCAUCUGCAGCGCUCUGAGAUGUUUGAAACCAGCCAGGCGAUCAGGUUUAGCAGUCCUUUCAGCAAGGCUCAGGAAACCUCACCAGAAGUCACAAAGCCGGGGCCGGUUACAUCUAAACCCGAGGAGUCGAAUAAAGGUGAAACCAAAGUUGAGGAGCCGACAAAACUCAAUGAGCCUCCCCAAAACGAGGCACCUGAACAGAAAUCCCCUACAUCUGGGGAGGAGUCUGAACCUGAGAAGGACCCCGCUGUCAACACUGACCAUGAACUGUGUCCAAACCACGAUGGAGGUCAUGAGACACCAAAGCUCAGUGCACAAACACCAGCUCCGAACAAAACGGAAACAUCACAGACCGUCUCCUCAAACGGUCCUACGUCAGAAUCAGACACGAAACAGGAAGAAGAACCUGUUUCGAAUUUAAACACACAAAGUGCUGCUACGCACAAGACUCACAUUCUGGAUUCACACACUACACAAACCUCCAAACAUGAAAAGACAGAUUCACAGACAGAAAUCUCUCCCGUCGUCCACGGCAACGUUUCCACAUCAUCUGCUUCUCAGUCUGUUGUUUCUGAAACAAGUCACAUCAACGGCUCUACAAGCUCCUCCACUCCCAUUCAUGCUCUUACAUCUGCUUCUCCAGAAAUAAAUCGUUCCAUCUCUUCAUCUUCAUCGUCCUCUGGUUUGAACUCAGCUCCUCCCGUCCCUAAACCUCGUACUGUCCAGCUGAUUAUCAAAGACAACAACAACAGCAGCGAUGGCCAGAAUUUCCCGGUCAUCUCCAUCGUGAAGAGGUCUGAGUCCAGCGUGGCACCUUUAGUAGUUCAUGACGAGUCUUUUACCGAGACAUCUGCAGUGAAAGAGCCUGAAACUGUCCCAGAACUAGAGGACAGCAGUGACAAGAAAACAGGAGAAGAAACUCUGCAACGACAAGAGAGUUCAACAUCCCAAGAGAUAGAGAGCGAGGAAGGAGAUCGACGACAGGAUGGAGCCGAACUACGAACACAGACGGUUGUUGAUGGAGCAAAAUCAGCCAGUGUGGACAUUCAAGAAAUAGAACCAGAAGAUACAAAUACCUUAAAAAAAAUUAAAAAUUUAACAGAAAUGGCAGAAAAUGGCCAAGAAGCAUCAGAACAGAAGAAGGUCUGUGAAUUAGAAUCAGACUAUGAGGGAACAAAGAGUGAGGAAGCAAAGUCAUCUAGUGUGAAUAUUCAAGAAAUAAAACCAGAAGAUCCCACGACCUUGAAAGAAAUAAAAUAUUUAACAGAAACGGAUAAAAAUGGCAAAGAGUCCUCAGAGAGACAGAGGUUUGAUGGAGGAAAAUCAACCAAUGAGGGAACGAAGAGCGAGGAAAUAGAUGGAGACGAACUACAAACCCACUCAAAUAUUUUUACUGCUGAUGCUUCAGAAUCGGCCAGCGUGAAUAUACAAGAAAUAAUUCCAGAAGACCCCAAGACAGAAUUAGUAGAAAAAGGUAGAGAGUCUCUUGAGAGACAAAGGAUGGCGAACCAUGUAGCCCCAGAUGGACCGAUCAAUGGAGAAUCAACCAAUGAGGGAGCUAAGAGUGAGGAAGCAGAUGAAGCCAAAGUACAAACCAGGUCAGAUGCUUUUAUCACUGAUGCACCAAAAUCAAACGGCGUGAAUAUCCAAGAAAUACUUCCAAACAGUACUGAUCUCAACUGUGAGACAACCCCAGAGACGGAGACAGAGAGACACCAAACAACAGGGCAUGAAGCUCCAGACGUCACGUCGUGUAAAUCGUACCUUGCAAGAGCUCAUGAACCUCAGAUAAUAUCCUACAAUUCACCGACUCCUCAGGAGACGGUGGACGCGUUGGAGGCCGUGGACUCGUUACAAUCUGCUGCAGACACGCACAGUAAACAAGUACGAUCCCCAAAUAAUGCAAACACUUUCCAAGAGCAGAUUCCUAAAGUACGAGGGAGCAUUCACACUCCUGAGAAAUCCCUGCGUUUACACCUCUCCGAGAUGCUCAUUCCAGACCUGCGUUCGCCAACCGCCGAACGUUCCCUCAGAUCUCUCGUACGUUCUCCCACUCCCGAUGGGUUUUCUCCACAUACGCCCACCCAGGACUUCCGAACGCUCACGCCCGACAUCAGCGACGGCUACAAAUCGCCGAGACAGGGCUCCACCACCUCUGAGGAGUACUAUGAAUGCAUCGAGUCUCCUCUCGGCGAGCCGCUCUUUGAGCUCGGAUGUUUUCACAGCCACGGGACAGUAGAUGAUCACGUCGGCUUCAAACACACGAAUGCUGCGUAUAAUAGUUAUAGCUCUGGUGCUGCUAAAUCAGACCUUUCUUCUAUAUUACGUCUGAAAAUUACUGAAACAAACAACACUGCAAAUGAUAGCAGUCUAGACGAAGAUGGGCCGUGGAAGAAGCGAGAAUCUCAGAUACUGAGGGAAGCUGACGGGAUAGUGAACAAAAUGAAAGAUUCAACAGAGACGGCAGGAAAAGGCAAACAGGCCCCUAAGAGGAAGAGGGGGCUGCACGACUUCAUAGAUGGGCUGGUCGACGGAGGAGCGACUGAAGGCGCCAACGAGGCGACGGAGGCGAAGCGACUGUCCGUCGGGAAAAUGGAGGAGGUUGUUUUGUCCGGAGAGAGUCGAGACGAAGUGAAGGAAAAGCCGCUGAACGAGGCGACGUUGAGAGUCAGCGGUGGAGAGAGGAGGGAGUCGACCAGAGAGACGGAGACACAGAAGGUUUCCUUCCUCCAGCCUCAGAGAGUCCAGCUGCAGGAGGGCGGCGCGCCCCCUCUUUCCCAACCAUCCACACCCCCUCGACCAGCCUCGGCCCCUCAACCCGUGGGAAACCUUCAGACGCAGAGCAAGGUGCCAAAUGAUAACACGGCAUCUCCUCGCAAGCCUCCGUCCAGACCACCUCCUCCAGAGAUCCUCCUCGCUCAGCAGAGCAAAGCGAGACCCGGACAGAACCAGACGUCGACAACAGAGACGCACGGACGCACUGACGAAGGCAAGGUCCCGUUUAGACUUUCUUUCAGCAGACUGUACAGCCUCAGAGGCCUGAGGGACAGGAUGAGCAAGUCUCCAUCACAGAGCAAGAGAGGAACCAGCUCUCAGGUCCAGAGACGCAAAAGCACAAGCUAGAAGCUCACGUGAGUCAAAACUGCGUCUAAAAACUCCUCAAAACUGUCCACGAGGCUCCAUCUCAGCCUUUACGACUUAUCUUCAUAUUGAACUCCAGCUGUUCUCUUUUUAUUGGAGAAGACACAUAUAAAUCUUCCAUUGGUUUUUAGGACACAUUGAACCAGCUUUAAUUUAAAAGUGUUCACAUCCAGGCGUAGAAACUACAACCACUCUUUUUGCACAAGUGACUCGACGGUGCGACUGUCUCACAGACAGGUGCAGGACAUGUCUUCAUUACGUCUUAAUGAAUUCAUCGUGUUUGGAAACUGUUGUGUUAGGACAUGUGUAGAGACUGGACGUCCUGACUGGGAUCCUCUUCACAACCUCCAGAGCAGAAAAAAGAGAAAAAACAUGAAUCAAACUAAAAGUAAAAGCCUCUUGGAUGGAAGUGACUGCAGUGUUCGUUGGUGUGUGUUUUACCAGAGUUUAAGGAGACUACGAAUGUAACCUUUGAUAAAAGCAGAUAUUUUUAUAUACGUACUGUAUGUACGAGGUGAACUGUCCAUGUUAAUACAAAUAAUAAAAAAAAGACUCUUUCAUUUUA